AGCCCGAGAAACAUGCCCCGCUCGCAGCCCAUUUAGCGGGGGGGGCGGCCUCCCGCAGCCUCCUCGGUGGGAGCCGCACCGACGGGCGGACCGAGCCGCACCGACGGGCGCACGCAGCCCCGGACAGGCGCACGCAGCCCCGGACAGGCGCACGCAGCCCCCCGACGGCUCCGCCAUGGCCUUCGCGAAGCUGCAGAAGGUGCUGAUCAGCGACAGCCUGGACCCGUGCUGCCGGGAGAUCCUGCAGGCCGGCGGCAUCGGCGUGGUGGAGAAGCCCGGCCUGAGCGCGGAGGAGCUGCUGCGGGAAGUCAGGGACUGCGACGGGCUCGUCGUCCGCUCCGCCACCAAAGUCACCGCCGGCGUCCUCGGCGCGGCCGAGAGGCUGCGGGUGGUGGGCAGGGCCGGCACCGGCGUGGACAACGUGGACGUGGAGGCGGCCACGAGGAAGGGCGUCCUGGUGAUGAACACGCCCGCCGGGAACAGCCUCAGCGCCGCCGAGCUCACCUGCGGGAUGAUCCUGUGUUUGGCCAGGCAGAUCCCCCAGGCAGCCGCCUCCAUGAAGGAGGGCAAAUGGGACCGUAAGAAGUACAUGGGGAUGGAGCUGAACGGGAAAACGCUGGGCGUGCUGGGCCUGGGCCGCAUCGGCAGGGAGGUGGCCACCCGCAUGCAGGCUUUCGGCAUGAAGACCAUAGGCUACGACCCCAUCAUCACCCCCGAGGAGUCGGCCGCCUUCGGUGUGGAGCAGCUGCCGCUGGAGGAGAUCUGGCCCCAGUGCGACUUUAUCACGGUGCACACCCCGCUGCUGCCCUCCACCACGGGGCUCCUGAACGACAGCACCUUCGCCAAGUGCCGCCGCGGCGUGCAGGUCGUGAACUGCGCCCGGGGCGGCAUCGUGGACGAGGGCGCGCUGCUGCGGGCGCUGCGCUCGGGGCAGUGCGGGGGAGCCGCGCUGGACGUCUUCACACAGGAACCCCCGAAGGACCGCGACCUGGUGAACCACCCCAACGUCAUCUGCUGCCCGCACCUGGGCGCCAGCACGCGGGAGGCGCAGAGCCGCUGCGGCAAGGAGAUCGCCAUGCAGAUAGUGGACAUGGCCACAGGGAAGGGGCUGGCCGGCCUGGUCAAUGGGCAGGUGCUCAGCAAGGCCUUCGCACCUGAGACCAAGCCCUGGAUCACCCUGGCCAAGGCCCUGGGCACAGUGCUGCAGACCAUGGCCAAGCAAGCGCACGGCAACGUGCAGGUCUGCACCCUAGGGACACCCUUGCAGGAGGCCGGGAGCUACCUGGCACCUGCUGUGGCCUCAGGCAUGCUGGCCAGAGGGAAGCAGGAGGAGGUGACGCUGGUGAACGCCCUGCUGCUCGCCCAGGAAGCUGGGCUGAAGGUCACGGCCACCCACAACAGCGUGGCUCCCGAGCCCGACGGCAGCGCCGGCUUGCUGCAGGUGGCCCUGCAGGGCACCCUGCACCGGGCAGCGGGGACGGUGCAGGGCAGCACCCCGGUGCUGCGGGAGCUCAAUGGAGCCCCCUUCAAGCAGCCGGCCCCGCUGGCUGGGCCUGUGCUCAUCUACAGAGCCAAGGCCUCCGAGCCCAGCACGCUGUCCAUGCUUGCCGGGCUGCUGGGGAAGGCGGGGGUCCAGCUCCAGUCCUACCACAGCUCCAGCAUGGUGGCGGGCAAGCAGUGGAGCGUCGCGGGGCUCUCAGCCCCCCUGCCCGACCUUGGCGAGCUCAAGGCGCACGUGACCGAGGUCUUCCAGCUCCAGCUGUAGCCCCCGAGCGCCUGCACCCCUCCAGGCCGGCCGAGGGAGCAGCGCCCCGGCCCCCUGCCCUGGCCACAUGCUCAAUAAAGAGUCCGGGAGGAGA